CUUAGCAGCCAGCUAAAUAAACAGCAAGGUUGUUCAAGGGCUGUUUCAAGAAAAAGUAGUCAUUGGUACUUUCUCCAUGUUAGUUUUCAAAUCCUCUUCUCACCUUGUCCCACCUGGAAUGACAAUGAAGACAUCUAUCUGAUGAGUGUUUCUGUGUCAGCAGACCAGUGCUCAGUCCUGAGUUCUGACUUUAAGACUAAACUUCCAUGGAAAGAGACCUGAGUGAGGGUUUUAGGUUCAUUCUGAGAAGUUCUGUGGAAAGCCCUUGGAAGUUUUGCAUGGAUUAAUUCGACCUGGUGCUUACUUCAUUUUAUUGAAUCUUCUCAUUAAGAACACAUAUUUUCAGGUGAAUGAGGACCAAUGGAGCAGAAAAAAAAAUCCAGAAGUGGACCCAUUAAUAUCUGGACAGCUGAUUGAUGAGACUGGUGCAAAGGCAAGUGGUGCAGUGUCCCAUAGUUUGGAUUUUUUCCAGGUUGACCCCAAAGCUUUGAGAUGGAGAGUGAAUACAAGAAAAUUCUGUUACUCGAAGGCAUGGAUAAUCUCGACGAUGAGGAACUGGAUAGGUUUAAGUUCUUCCUUCCGGAUGAAUUUAACAUCCCUAAGGGCAGACUAGAGGCUGCAAACAGGACGAACUUAGUGAAACUGAUGAUCCAGAGUGAGGGUGAAGUGUCUGCUCUGACGAAGACCAUCAGUAUUCUCAAGAAGUUGAAAUGCAUGAACUUGGCAAAAUGUCUUCAGGAGGAAAAGGAGAAAGUUGAUAAAAGAUACACCGAGAAUGAAAAGAAAAAUGAAACGAAGUUAGUAAGGAAGAAAAGUGACACUAAGACAAGUUCUGCUGAGCAUGUAGCCAGUGGAGAUGGGGCCACUGCUCAACCAGCUGCCCCAGCAGUCUCUCCUCCAGCUAAGCCUAAACAGAAGCAGGUGGUAGCCCAGCAGGAAGCUGUGAGGCAAGAAGGCUUGCAGGAAGGCCCGAUGACAGUCAUGGUGCUGAAAGCAAUGAAGCCCUUCAAGUUUGAGACCCAGAGGGGGCAGCAAGAGAUGUUUCAUGCUACAGUGGCUACCGACAGAGAUUUCUACUUUGUAAAAGUCUUCGAUACACGACUUACAGAUAAAUUCUGCCGAAAGAAAAUAAUAAUAAUAUCAAAAUAUUAUUGGCACAAUACUUUCCUAGAGGUGAAUACUUCUUCAGUUGUGUUGGAUGCUGAAGCUGACCAAAAGGUCAAUGUUCCAAACAACAUAAUUAGGAAAGCUGGUGAAACUCCCAAGAUAAGGGAUCUUCAAACUCGGCCCCUUGGAACAAUUGUGAAUGGAGUAUUUAUGGUCCAGGAGAAAACAGAAAAAGAAAAUGGUACAUUAUUUGGCCUCAACGAUGACACAGGCACUAUGAACGUAUUGGUGCUUAAAAGUCAGAACAAAAUAAAAUGUGAGAAAGGAGAUAAGCUCAGACUUACAUUCUUUGAGCUGUCAAAAUAUAGAAGAAAUCUACAGUUGAUAUCUGGAGCUCAUAGCCAAAUUACGGUUAUAAAGGCUAAAAUAAACAAGGAAAAUGAGAUGAAGAAGACCAAUUGAAGCCUACUCCUCCAGGCAGUAUUUUGUUGACAAAUCCCUGAUGAAGUCUGUUCAAGCAGAUGGUAUUACCUGAGAGCAGAAAGUACACGCUCUUCUCCCACAAGGCCACAGGCAAUCUAUAAAUGAAAUCACAAUGUUUGUGUCCCAACAAAACUAUAAACACCAAAAUUUAAAAUGCAUUUGAUUUUCAUGUGUCACAUAAGGUUAUCCCUUUGACUUUCUCCAAAUAUUAAAAAAAUAAGCUCAAGUUUUUUUGCCUAUUCAAAAAUGUGUUGUACGCUAUACAAAAAUAAGCAACAGGAAAAACUGGACCCAGUGUCAGUUUGCCCAUUCCUGGCCUCAAAUAAAGUUAUCAGCAAUGAAUUGUCUGAUUAUAGACUAUUUAAAAAUAAAAUAUAUAGCCAGGUGCUGGUGUUUCAUGCCUGUAAUCCUAGCU